GCCGGCUGGUGUUGUGUUGUUGAUAUUUUAUUAUGGUCUUAUAAUCACAAAAAUACAAGUUUUAAUCACAAAAUUUAAUAGUAGCAUUCAUUCAAUUUUAAUACAAAGUUUAGUCGAAAGGUUUGCUGGUAUGACCACGACUUCAAGCCCAGCGGGCGUAAAAAAUGAUCCCCCGGAUGUUGUCUGCUCCGAACGCAUCAAGUUUCGUAAGUUACACUCACAGAAUAUUGUCCAUCGGUUGCGUUAUCGGGAGAUGGGUCUAGGCGUCAAGUCACCACAGCAUUCGGUGCGUGUGUUCUACCAGAAUGUUUAUCCCAACAUGACGGUAGUGAACGUCGAGAAACCACCGUGCUACCUGCGAAAGUUUAGCCCGGAUGGUAGGUUUUUGAUAGCUUUCUCAUCGGAUCAGGCUUCGCUGGAAAUCUAUCAGUACAUGGGGUGUGCGGCAGCAGCCAGUCUGUUCCAGGAAUGGGAGGAUACGGAGCUGAUAAUCAAUGACGGUACCGGGGGAAGGAGUUACGAGAUUCGAAGUCAAAUAUUUGAUAAGUUAUUCAAGCUCAGACACGUAGUCAAUAUGGAAAACAACGAAAAACAGUUGAAUCGUGAGUGUAGCUUGUUCACCAAUGAUGGAAGGUAUGUGAUAAUUGGAGCCGCUGUGUUCAUUCCGGAGGAGAAUCGUCCCCACUUUUACGAACUGUAUACAAACAACGAAGCCAUUAAGCCAACCGCCAGCUGCCCGUUGGAAGACUAUACACUUUACAUCAUAGAUCUUCACAAUGGGCGCAUUUCGGACUCGAAGGACUUCAAGGUGGAUAAAAUCAUCCUAUCUCACAACCAAGGAGUAUAUCUGUACAACGAUACGCUAGCGAUAUUGUCGAUUCAGCAUCAGACAGUUUAUAUCUACUCAAUAGCCGAGGGGACGUUCAUCAUGGAGCGAACAAUUGGUCGGUUUUGUUGCCCAGAUGAGAGUUAUCUAUACGGACUCGGAACGGUUACUGGUCGAUCUAAUAGCAAUACCAACCUUCGUGCAUUUAGGGAACCAACAAUCAACAGCCUAAAGCAUCGGAUGUUAGUUUUUCUGUUUCAUCAAGCUAAAGUCAAAGUUGAUGCUGGUGAGGAUAAGCUAGCGUUACGCAAGUUCUACCGUCGUUUCGAUGAGUACAGAAAUCUUCGCAUGUGGAAAAUGCAACUGCUGGAUGACGAUCAUUUGCUGAUAAAGUAUGCCAGCGAAGAUGUUGUGACGUUGAAAAUCAUUGAACCAAACAAUCACAGCUCGAUUUUUGUGAUUUACAACAUUUGGAAGAACCAAAUAAUCGGCAUUUAUGGCAAUCAAUCGCACGAGCUUCUAUUUCUUUACGAAAAUUUCUGCGAUAGCUUCCGGAAUGCCAACUUAGCCCACCAGACGCAGUUUACAUGCUCACCGAGUAACAACAUCUAUAGUAAUUUGAUCCAUCAGCGCUUCAAACAGACCAUGAUUGGUGCCCGCGGUGGAGGAGUGCAGGAGGCCACCAAACGAAUCCUAGCACAGCUACCUAUCAGCGCCCAAAGCUACAGUAGUUCACCCUAUUUGGAUCUCAGUCUGUUUAGCUACGAUGACAAAUGGGUCUCGGCUAUGGAGCGACCCAAGGCAUGUGCCGAAUUUCCGAUCCGGUUUUUUGCGCGUGAUUCGGGACUGCUGAAGUUUCGAAUCUACGCGGGAGUACAGAAUCAACAGCCAAGUUCCAGCUCGCGACGACUAGUGGCGUUCACCUUCCAUCCAACCGAACCGUUCGCGAUCAGCGUCCAACGGAUCAACACCGAUUAUAUAGCAAAUUUUCACAUCAGACAUGCGGGAGCGCGUGUGAAUAGGUGAUGUUAACGGGUUUUUGAUUUGAGUGCGAUUUUACUUAUCCCUAUUGGACUGUCGAUAAAGGUGAUUAUGUGUCGAUGAAAUGUUCAAAAUCUGCUGCGUUUGGCGAUUCCGUUCGUUGGUUAACGGAGACGGGUCAUGAAUGUUUAAUGCUUGGGUAACAAUUCCAUUGGGUUUUACUGGACCUUACUUUUCUAUCAAUGCAGGUAGUCGAUAGAAAUUGCUUUGAUUUAGCAAGCCAUCUGUUGGACAUCCGAUGUAGGACUACAAUUUUAGGUAGUAUGUUUUACUCCUUUUUUGCGAUACGUAUUUGCAAUACACUGCCUUCCUUCUUAAUUGAGAAGAACCGUUACCCCAAGAAAGAUGUCCAUAUUCGCAGAUCCGUCUCAUAUUUUACGGAAUUCCCAGGCCACACGGAACUGACUUACAAUUAGCUAUAGGCAGUAAGGGCUGCGCAAUUAAAAUGGUAUGCAACCAUGGAUAAAAGAAAUUGUUUUUAUUCUAUGGCAAUCUAUAAUUAAAUUUAUACAAAAAAUAACAAAGACAUGAACAUUUUUACUUUAUUCUGACGAUUUGAUCCCAAAAAGUAUUCAUUAAAAAUAUCUUAGGUACUAGCUCUUCAAUCGAUAAUAGAUGGUCAAUGUGCGUUUUAAUGUGCCCUCUAGGCACUGAUGUAUCUGGUCUUUUUUUUUUUUGUUAAUUGUAACAACCGCUAAGGGUCAUUCGCUGGUAUUUUGGAGGUCCGGGUACCCGAACCCUUUAAUGAACCGGAAUGACGAGGAUCGUCGUCACAGAUUCGCUUGCAGCAUUGAAGGAGAGCUUUUUUCCCACUGGUGGAAGGUUCUAGCCUAUGUUGUCGAUUUCGGUAAGAUCCUCUCUGGAGAAGGGCUGGUUCCACUCGGGCGUUGAGUUGGGGGAGGAGGUCCCGGGAGUGGCCUCAAGUAGACUUUUCCAGGCCUGAAAUUCAGAUGAGAGCGAAGCGGUCGCGUAGAAGGAGGCAAAGUGCCGUCACAACUAUUCGGCGAUCUCGCGGGGCUCCGAGGUUGCGACGUCUCUGAUUUCCAGCAAGAAUUGGAUGGUACACAUUUUCUCGCUAAAUGCUUUUACUUGUCGCUAAAUUCCGUGGCCGAGCCGGUACAGGAAUGCAUUCCAGUUUGCUGAUUUAGCGUCGGCGACUGCCUUACGUGCGUUUUUUGGGAUCAGGCGAAAAUGGUUGCACCUGGUGAUCCAGAGCGAGCUGUCGAUUGGAGUUUUUCGGAGGGUUCGUCAACGAUGGUUCCCGAAAGCUCGUUCGGUGUCAGGCGUUUACAUCUUUUAUGGGUCGAAGUUGUCCAUGAACGCUGCUGCAUGUGUCCGGACGUGUGGACCAAAGGCAGUCGGCUACCAGGGAGCUGGAGCAGAAAAGUAGGUCUAUCUGAUCCUCUGGCGGAAGUCGGGGUUCCGUUAUUGAGUAAAGGAGGUUCCACAUCAAAUUGCAUCAAGGAAAAACGCUGUAGAUAAUUACUUAGUCGGUCGAUCCUUUUAAAAUUUUCAGGCAAUAAAAUA